AGGUGUUGUUCCUGCCUAGUGGACUCUGAGUAGUGGACCUAAAAGUUAACACUAACUUAGUGGUUAUAUUUUCAUUGGUUUACUACGAAUAAUAAGGCUGAAUGGGCUAAAAUGCUUUUGCCUUCUGAAUAUAUUGGGAAAAUUAAGAAAUCAUAGGUUGACAGAAAUUGACAAAAUUAAUUGGCAGGCGCAGCCUGAAACACCUUGUUUUAACGUGUGUUUUGUUGAUAAUCAAAGUUUAAAACAAAUACAAAAUGGAAAACAACGUUGCUUUAGAUUCCACCAAAAAAAGAAAGUUUCUUAAAUCCAUUAAAUCUCUGAAGAAAUUAAUCAAGAAAAAUGAGAAAGAAGUGGUGGAAAAGCCUCUUGAAGAAAAGAAGAAAAGGCCAAAAAGGGUUAAGCCGGAGAGGGGUUUAGUUUAUUUGUCGCAUAUUCCACAUGGAUUUUAUGAGCACCAAAUGACUGAGUAUUUCAAGCAAUUUGGAGGAGUGACAAACGCAAGAGUGAUUAGAUCAAGACGUACAGGAAGGUCCAAAGGAUUUGCUUUUGUUGAAUUCAGAGAGCCAGCCGUGGCUCAGAUUGUUGCAGAGACCAUGAACAACUAUCUAAUGGGGAAAAGGUUGAUAAAGGCUGCUUACAUCCCUCCAGAAAAAAUAAGACGUUUUGCUCUAAGGAAAAAUUGGAAUGAUGUAUACCACCCAGCUGCAGUGGAAAGAACUAAACAAAAAAAGUCGUUUAAUGCAGUCAAAAGUGAUAGUGAGGAGCUGAAGAAGGCAAGAAAAAUGCUUUCUAACUUAGAGAAAACAAAAAAGAAAUUAUCUGAAUUUGGUAUUAAUUAUGAUUUUAUGCCUGUUGAUAUACCAUUGGAAUUGAUUAAAAUAAAACAAGAAACAGAAGAAAAUGAAAACACAGUAAAAGAAGAAACAGAUGUGAAACCAACAAAGAAAGAAAAGAAGAAGGGGAAAGAAAACAAUGGUGAUAAAAAACCUGUAGAAGAAACAAAGCAAGUAAAGAAAACAGAACCUGUUAAAGCCGAAAAGGAUGUAAAACCCAAAAAUGAACCUAAAGCUAAAAAUAGUGAGCCUAAUGCUAAUAAAAAUAACCCUAAACCUAGUAUAAAUGCACCUAAAGUUAAUAAAAAUGCACCUAAAGCUAAUAAAAAUGAAUCUAAAGCAAAAAAAGAUAAAUCAGAAGUAAGGGAAAUUAAAAAAGAACAGGAACAAAAACAGAAGAAAUUGGACCAGGCUGGAGUUAAAAGUGUAGAAAAUUUCAUUAAGGUCCAGGAAUCUGAUGAUGAUAGUGACAGUUCAGCAGAUUUUGACUCUGAUGAAUAUGAAAAAAUGUUGAGCAAUGAGUCUGAUUUAGGUUCAGAUGAGAGUGAAGAAUCUGAUGAUGAGUCAGGUGAUGAGGAUGUUGAUGACGAUGAAGACAAUGAUGACGAAGUUGAAGAUUCUGAAAGUGGGGAAGAAGAAAGUGUUGUGGAUUAUCCCCCUGUGAAGCCUAAACAAAAGGUGCCACUAGUAGCUGCACCUAAAACAAUGAAAAAACAGGAACAAGUUAGUAAAAACGCGCAAGUUAAGAGGAAAGCACCACAGAAAGCACCUGUGUCACAGAAAAAGCCGAAGUUUGAGAAGCAAAAUAAACCGAUUCCAGUGAAGAAACAAUUCAAGAAGAAGAAAUAAAUAGCUAUUUUUAAGCUAAAUAUUAUAAUAUUGAUUUGUAUAAUUAUAUGACAAAUCGAAUUAAAAUUAUGUAUAGUUUUAUUUUUGACCACUACUUGCCUUUUAGGCUGACAAAUUAAUCUUAUAUACUGGCUUAUGGAGCCGAUAAUUUCACAAAAUAAAACAACAUUUUACAGGUACCAUUUAUUGACUUCAAGAUAAAUCAUCCAAUAAAAUUACUUAACACCAAAAACCUUUAUAAAACAGAGAAAUAUUUAAAAUAUCUACAAUAGAGUACGCUAACGCAAUCAACAAGGUCACACAGAGGUCAAUUCCACAAAUAUUUCUUUUACAAUAUAGGGCAUACUGGACAUUUUGAGAAGUGAAGUUAUCAUUGAUAUACUUACAGAAAAACUUGAAUAGUAAUUAAGGUCCUAAACAUACAUUGUAAUGAAAAUUGAGGUUUAAAUAACAUCUUGAAGUCAA